UAAGGCCCCGUGCCCACGACAACGGUAACGACAGAUAAACGUAGAACAUUUCGACAGAUGUGCCUAUCGUGCACACGGCGACGGCGUUUUUAGGAGUUGAAAACGGAGAAAACGCAAACGCCCCUCAAAGUGGAGAUCUUGAAAACGUUCCAGUCUCUCGUCGCCGUAGGAACAGUUCAAAACGCAGAAGUGCGUUUUUUGCACAGGUUUUUUUUUUGCACAGGCAUCUGGAAGUGACGUUCUAGCGCCAAAUUUGAGCCUGCCCUUUGAUAAACAUGGAUGAACGUGUAGCAGUAGCCGCGUUGAAUGGUAUGCAUGCAGGCCAACAAAUGGCGAGACUCUUUACCGAGAGUCAUUUAGACCAUAGGAGACGAUACCAACGGAUAUUGGACAUUAUUGACGCACCGGAGGAGGAGACACGACGAAGUGAGAGACGAGUGUGGACGAGGCCAGGGAGAAGCUCCGAGUGGUGGGAGAACUUCGUUAAUGAUGUGGUGGACGAGCAAGCGUGGUACGAAAAUUUCCGCAUGACCAAAGACUCCCUUUAUGCCCUGACUGACCUACUUCGUCCUCACAUCGAGGGUCAAUCGACUAAUAUGCGACAGCCAGUGCUGCCUCUGAAGAAGGUGGCAUGUACACUGUACUAUCUUAGCGAUGAGGGGCGCCUCCGCAAAACAGCAAAUUCAUUUGGUCUGGGGAGAUCUACGGUGUCGAGGAUCGUACGAGACACGUGCCGUGCAAUUACGGUUCAUCUCGGACCCAAAUAUAUAAAGCUGCCAUUCACUGUCCCGGAUACUGAGGAGCUAGUGGCUGGGUUCCUAGAAGACCAUGGGAUGCCCCAGUGUCUAGGAGCAGUAGACGGGACACACAUCGAUAUCAAACAGCCGCCUGUGAACGCCACUGACUACAUAAACAGGAAGAGAAGAUACUCGCUGAACGUCCAAGCUGUAUGUGACCAUAAGUACAGAUUCAUGGAUGUGGUGGUGAAAUGGCCAGGUAGUGUGCAUGAUGCCCGGAUGUUCGCCAACUCGAAAGUCAACAGUUUUUUGAAGACUGGGAAGAUUCCCUCACUGGAGAAGCAGAUAGUGGAGGAUGAGGAAGCCAUCCCCAUCUUCCUGUUGGGAGACCCGGCCUAUCCCCUCCUGCCAUACCUGAUGAAGGAAUAUGCAAAUGGAGGCGCAACCCCUUCUGAGCAGUACUUUGGCCUCUCCCUAUGCAAGGCUCGUAUGGUCAUAGAGUGUGCAUUCGGUCGCCUCAAGGCCAGGUUCGCCUGCCUGAAGCGACAAAUGGACAUAAAUCUCAGUGACCUGCCUACUGUGAUUUAUGCCUGUUUUGUCCUCAACAACUACUGUGAGGCUUGCCACGAGACCGUGAAUCACCAUGCACAAGAGGAAGCCGUGCAAAUGGAUCGGGACCAGCAACCUCCCACACAGAGGAACAAUUAUACCACAGACUGCAACGAGGCAGGUGGAAAGCGGGUGAGGAGAGUCCUCACCAAGUAUCUGGACCCAUAAUAUGUUCUUUUAAAAUCAGCUUGUUUGCCAGUAAAACAGUUACUGGUGACACCUGUGUUUAUGUUUAUGCACAUUAUUUUUUUGGUGUUGAUAUUGUUUUGUGAUCAGUCUACCAGAACUUGUGAUGUGUUGUGUUCAUGACUUUAUGUACUCGUUCUCAGUAAUUACAACAGGUAAUGAAUAAAACCCUUUUUUG